CUCAUGGUCCCUAGAGAAAACACAACCAUCUCUUUAACUCGCAAAGCUCAAGUGUCCUUUCUUCCCUCUCUUUCGCAACUGAAGAGACUUGAACAAAAAUUGUUUUAUUGCAAGGUGUAGCUCAGAUCCUGGAAUAGAUGCUGAUCAGGGCAAAUGUGUAUUGCACACUACUUUCUAGUCCUAGAAAAGUGAAGGCAGUCACCAGCUAUGGCUCAUGGCUGAUAAAAUACCAUAGUAAUCGCAGGCCAUUUCAGAGAGUUUCUGUCAAAGCCCUGAAAGACGAGACUGGAGGUGAAACAAGCGGAUUCCGCGGCCAGAGUUGGGACCCCGGCUUGGAAAUUGAGGUUCCUUUUGAGCAAAGGCCGGUGAACGAGUAUUCAUCCCUGAAAGAUGGAGCCUUAUAUUCGUGGGGCGAACUGGGACCGGGAGAGUUUUUCAUUCGCCUUGGAGGUCUGUGGCUGGUGACUUUUACAGUUCUAGGAGUGCCAAUAGCAGCUGCAAGUUUCAAUCCUUCAAGGGAGCCUCUAAGAUUUGUGCUAGCCGCUGGGACAGGAACCCUUUUCCUUGUUUCAUUGAUUGUUUUGCGAAUUUAUCUGGGAUGGAGUUAUGUUGGUGAUAGACUUCUAUCAGCAGUCGUACCUUACGAAGAGAGUGGAUGGUAUGAUGGACAAAUGUGGGUGAAGCCACCAGAGGUCCUGGCUCGCGACAGGUUGUUGGGCUCUUACAAGGUAAAACCAGUUGUCAAAUUACUGAAACAGACACUAGUGGGGACAGGGGCCUUACUCGUGACUGCAGCUUUACUAUUUAUCUUUGCGACACCAGUGGAGGAUUUCCUUCGUACCACUUUCACCACAAAAGAAAAUUCAUCAAAUGUUGCAGUUUCAAAGUUCGACAAAAAGUUCAAUCUAAGGAAAGAAGAAUUGCUUAAAUUGCCUGUGGAGGUGAUGUCCGAUGAUGAUCUCGCCGCCGCUGCUGCUGAGGCUGCUGAUGGAAGACCAGUUUACUGCAGGGAUAGGUUUUAUCGUGCAUUAGCUGGUGGGCAGUACUGCAAAUGGGACGAUCUAAUUAAGUAAAGGGGAAAAGCCGGAGGCAUAAAUGACAAUAUAUAGGUCCAAUUUAUAGAUGGCCUCUGUGAUAUACAAGUCCAAUAAAAUGAAACAUCAACUUUGCAUUUUUUGCAUUAUUUGUUAAGGAACUGAAUUUAACUGAAAUCAGCAUCAGCAAAAUG